UCUAAAUAGGAAUUUGACAGAUUGGUGGAAAACAAGUUUUAUCCCACCAUUGGUGAGGCAAAGACAGCUGGAAGUCAGUGAGAUACAGGCUAUCCCUUCACUGUAUUGAUUUCUACUUCAGCCUGGGCUUCGUGGUGAGAAUAUUUCUCUGAAAAGAAAAAGAAAAACAGAAAUUUGUGUUUUUGUGCCGGGUCCUUACAGUUACACUCUUGAGCCUGUUUCAUGGUACCAGGCCACCGUAUUUUCCCAGUUAGAAAAGGAGUUUUAAACAAGCUGGUGUCGACACAGGUCUGUAAUCCAAUUUUUCCGUAUUGUCGUGGUAUCUGAUUCCAGGUUUUUAAGCACGAAUUAGAAUUCUGGAGAACACGAGGUCUGAUUCCGUGACCACCAUGGCCAACAAAAUGGAUAUGUCUUUGGAUGACAUCAUUAAGCUGAACCGGAGCAAGCAAGGCAGUCGCGGCAAAGGCCAGGGCUGGAGCAGUGCCGGCUGCCAGGGCCGCCACGGUGGUGCCAGGCGGGCCCCUGUGUGGGCGAAUCGACGCAGCUGGUCUCUGAAGAACCGGCCUACCAUGAGUGGUGGCUCUGCAGGAGGAGGCAGGAACCGGCCGGCUCCGUACAGCAGGCCUAUACAACUUCCCAACAAGGGGCAGCAUGACCGAUUCGACAGCCGCUUCUGUGGUGGAGCCAGCUUGGAGAUGGGCGGAAAGCUGUUGGUGUCAAACCUUGACUGCGGGGUGUCAGACGCGGAUAUUCUGGAACUCUUCUCAGUGUUUGGAACACUGAAGACAGCAGCUGUGCACUACGAUCGCUCCGGACGAAGUUUAGGGACAGCCCAAGUGCACUUUCGACAGAAGGCAGAUGCUCUGAAGGCUAUGAAACAGUACAAUGGUGUCCCUUUAGAUGGCCGCCCCAUGAACAUUCAGCUUGUGACAUCACAGACUGACUCACAAAGAAAACCCGCACAGAGAAUGAUCAGAGGUUCCAUGAGUAGAAACCAUGGCUCAUGGUGUUUUGGUGGCGGUCUCAUCCGGAGAGGGACCCGUGGAGGCAGCCCUGGAAGAGGUAGAGGAGGUUCGAGCAGGAACUCCAAGGAGCCUCUUUCUGCCGAGCAGUUGGAUGCACAGCUGGAUGAGGACAAUGCACAGAUGGACACCAGUUAAACAGCCGGGCAAAUCCGCAGAAGUGACAGGACCCAGAAGCUUCGUCCGUAAUCCCUCGAGGGAGGGUUGGCAACUGGACUGUGCACACAAUGGGGGAUUUCUUUUUCGUUUGUCUCUCUCUCUCUCUCUCUCUCUCUCUCUCUCUCUCUCUCUCUCUCUCUCUCUCUCU